AUUAUGGUCAGUAUUGGUGUUAUAGCCAAGUCUAUAAAUUAUUGCAGUAAAAAUUUGUGUCAAGAUAAGACACACAUUGCCUGCAAUAACAAUGGGGUAAGAAGUUUUAGUCCACGAUGUGAAAAUCCCAAAAUAGUGACAAUAACUCCCAAAAUACGCGAUUUCAUUGUGAAUCGUCACAAUCAGCUGCGUAAUCAAAUAGCCAAGGGGUUUCCACCAUUUAAACCGGCCGCCCGCAUGGCCACAAUGCGUUGGCAUGGGGAAUUGGCCAGAUUGGCUGAGUUAAAUGUACGCCAGUGUGCAAUGAUUCAUGAUGAGUGUCGUAACACGGAUGCAUUUAGAUAUGCGGGACAAAAUCUGGGUGAAAUUCGUUCAAGUCGUGCAAUAGAUGUCUUAAAGGCUUUGAAGUUUCAAAUUCAGUCGUGGUUUGAUGAAUACAAAGAUACCCCGGUGGAUUUGAUUGAUAAGUUUAGAUCGUUGGAGAGUGGGGCACAAAUCGGUCACUUUACUGCCAUAAUUCAGGAUAAAUCUACGCAUAUUGGCUGUGCUAUUAUGCAUCAGACUUUACUCACCGGUAGACAUCAUCAAUUACUGGCUUGUAAUUAUGCCUACACUAAUGUUCUACACAGACCUGUGUAUGUAACCGGAAGAAGUGCUAGUAAAUGUACCACAGGUACCAAUGCAAAUUAUACUUCGUUAUGUUCUGUCAAUGAAAAAUAUAGUUUGGUACCUUAG